AUGGAGGAAUGCCUUGAUCAGCAGCAGCAGCAGCAGAAGAAGAGCAACAAUGGGCAGCUCCAGAGGCUUGAGGGCAUCGAGGAGGAAGGCGGCCAGGCCCCGGCGGAGAAGUGGCCUCCGACGACGGUGCGGGCGCCGGAGACCCCGACGGAGACCAUGGAGUUCCUCGCAAGGUCCUGGAGCCUUUCGGCCGCGGAGAUAUCCAAGGCGCUCAAGGUGCUGAGCAGCAAGGGCGUCUGCGACAUCCCUGACGUCGGCGUCGUCGCGGGCGCAGGUAAAGAGCAGAGACCGCCGCCGCCGCCACCACUUGACGCGACAAUGGCGGCGGCGCAGGCAGGAGGAGGAGUGGCGAGCCCGCCGUUCUCUCCCAGGGCGGGCAGCAUGGACGCGCAGCUCCUCCGGGCCGCCGCCGCCGCGGGGAGGGCAGGGGGCGGCAAGACGACGAUGGGCGCGUGGAUCAAGGAGCAGAAGGAGAAGAAGCGCGCCGAGGCCCGGUCCCGCAACGCGCAGGCGUACGCGGCGACGUCCGUGGCCGGGGUCGCGGCGGCGGUGGCCGCGCUGGUCGCCGGCGCGGUGUUCUCGUCCUCGCCCGCUCCUCCUCCUCCUCCCCCCGCCGCCGCGGCGCCGGAGCGCGCCCAGAGGGGCGACGGCGGGGCGAAGACGGCGGCGGCCAUCGCGUCGGCGGCGGCGCUGGUGGCGUCGCACUGCGUGGAGAUGGCGCAGGCGAUGGGCGCGAGCCACGAGCAGAUCCUGGGGUCCAUCCAGUCGGCCGUGAACGCGCAGGCGAGCGGCGACAUCAUGGCGCUGACCGCCGGCGCGGCGACGGCGCUGCGCGGGGCCGCCAUGCUGCGGGCGAGGCUCCACAAGGAGAUCCAGGCCACCGCCCUGCCCGGGGACGCCGGCAGGGCGGCGUCGGAGCGGGACAUCUCGCCGCUCAUCUUCGUGUCCAGAGGCGGCGAGCUCCUCAAGCGCACGAGGCAGGGUAUCCUCCAUUGGAAGCUUGUGACGGCGUACAUAGACCCCAACUUCCAGGUGGUCAUCAAGAUGAAGAGCGCGCACAUGGCGGGAACGUUCAUCAAGACCAAAAAGUGUGUUGUGGUGGACGUCCGGUCGGAGGUGGCGGCGUGGGCGGGGAGGGAGGUGGAGGAGGGUGGCCGUCGGAGGGGCUACUUCGGGGUCCGGACGGAGGAGCGGGUGAUCGAGUUCGAGUGCCGGAGCAGGCAGGAGCAGCACAAGUUUAGCCGGCUUGCUCGAACCCGAAGGCCCCCGCUGGUCGCUGCCUCCCCGCUCCGCUAUCUCCAGGGAUCAGUUGGUCCAAAUAAUUUGCCCUCUGUCAUGGAACGGUCGCAGGGAGCUUCAAAUAAUGCGGCGAAACACAGGAAAACUAAUCCACCCGUGCAGACAUGGAGGCCAGUCUCAACACAAGCAUCUCCCCGGGAAGCUCACCUUGAUGAGAUAUCCAAUUCCGGAAGGAAGCAAAUGGCAGGGACUUCCAUCACUGAUAGUGAGAAUUUGGUGUUGGAACAAACAACUAAUGUUGGCAUUGAAGUAACCACCAAUAAUACUUUCUCGUCAGAAAGUAGUUCCACCUUUAGUUCCAGUGCAACUAAAGUAGCUGCAGAAAACACUAUGGAGGUUAUCAGAGAAAAAUAUUCCUCUUCUGUUGAGGUAGAUGUUCCUCUAAUGCGUUUUCUGAAAGGAAAGGGUGGGUCUGUGCAGAAGCAGAUUGAACAGGAGACUGGAGUUAAAAUCAUUUUUCCAUCUGGAAAGGAGGAAACACUAGUUGCCCUCGAAGGUAAAAGUGCUGAAAGUAUUGGAAAAGCAUCAGAGAGAAUUGCAAAGAUCCUUGAAGAGGCUGUUCAAAGUCCAAUGCUAGAUUACUCGCAUUUCAUAUCACUUCCAUUGGCCAUCCACCCCGAUCUUGUCGAGAAGCUCAAUAACUUCCAGAGGUCGAUCCUUGGGGUGUCUGCAUCUAAUAUAGAUAGUGAUAAGGAUGAAAUCCUAAGCGAAGGUUCUGUGGAUGAAAUUGAUGAAGCAGCGAGCCCUAGUGUUCCGGUCAAGCAGCCAAUCCAAGAAGAAAAGCCUGUCAUAGUGAAAAUGGAUAAUAAGGAGUUCGGCAUUGACAAGUCAAUAUUCAUAAAACCCAAAACGUUCCACCUAACAGUUCUUAUGUUGAAGUUGUGGAAUAAGGAUCGUAUAGCCCAGGCUUCUGAUAUCCUCCAGUCAGUAUCUUCCCAGGUAAAUGCUGCUUUGGAAAACCGACCUAUCUCCAUACAACUUAGGGGUCUGGUAAGUUUCCUUUAG